UCUGAGCGCACUGACUGGGGAUUGCUGGGAAGAAGAAGGAGGCUGUCGAAGUUGGAACUUUGGAGAGGGAGGUGUAGGCUGAUCCACUGAGGAAAAGGAAUCAUCCCAAUCAGUCCCUGCGUCCCUGGUUUUAUUUUCCCUGAGUGACAAAGUUUGAUAUCAGCAUCUUCAUACAGCGAAGCAGCAGCUCACCAUGAUGGAAGAGGAGAUCAGCGAGGACCGGGCCAAGCUGAAGCAGGGCCUGGUCAAAGUGCUCCAGUGCGUGGCCACCAUCUCCUCAGCGGCCGCCGUGGUUAACCCCAUUUUCGGCGUGGCCGGCUCGCUGAUCCGGGUGGUGCUGCACCACGUGGACGACGAGGACAUCCGCACCCUGAAGCGCGAGUUCGGCUCGGUGAACCGGGCGCUGGACGAGCUCUCCCAGCAGAACCGCAACACGCUGGUGCAGAUCAAGAAGGAGACGCUGGACGGCCAGUACUGCCGCGUGGAGGAGAACCUCAAGAACCAGUUCAGGAAGUUCAUGGAGAUGGUGGAGGCACGGCCGGAGCACCGUGAGCGCAAGAAGGACGACUUCGAGGAGAGCUACUCCAACGACUUGGGCGACCAGAACCUGCACACGCUCUACGACGGCGUCGUGGGCAAACCAAAGCUCUUCAGCAGACCCAUCCUGGAGGUGUACCUGAAGCACUCGCAGGGCGACCGGCACACCAUGGAGCGGCUGUGCACCCGCCUCACCUACCUGUUCUGCAUCGGCCUCAUCGCCCUGAUGGGCUACGCCGCCAUCAUCGGAGACGACGAGGAGGGCCUGAGCGAGGAGUGGGCCGAGAAGAUGGAGCAUGUGCAGGAGAAGAUGCAGGAGGCGCUGUGCAGGUGCAAAUGAAGACGAGUGUUUCUUCACGUCCACAUUCCCACUAUAACUCUGUCUUCUUCUUCUUUUGCUUUUUCUCUCUCGAUAAAUACUUUUCAAGCAUCUGCUCCAAAACACUAUUUAUCCAAACUCGCUGCAUAUGCAGGUAAAGUGGUCUGUGAGACACAAGCAUCACGGCAUGCAGCUUUAACAUUUAACAGCUAGUAUGAGAGAGUAUCACAGAAUUCACAGUAAUUCAAAAAGAACAUUUCUGGUAUGGACCAUUAAUGUGAUUCUCAUUACAGAUAUCCACAAUGAAGCUGCAGAUAUCUGCAAAUUAAUCCUGACUAGUUGUGUCCCACUUUCAAAUAUCUGCAGCUUUAUAUAGUUAUACAUAAUUAUGAUGACUAGUUCAAGAUGUCUUUAGUUCCCCUCAGUUCAGGAUUUCUACGUUGUCCUUUGUAGAUUCUUAAAUCAGUUUAAACUGAAUCCUGGUUUGUAGAACUCUGGAGCUGGAAUUCUUAUUAAUCAGACAUCUUGAAUUAUAGCUUUGACUCGACGAAAUGACGUUACUGGAUUUCUGUAGUUACGCCAAGAAACUGUGUUAAUUUCAACAACAAAACAUAUUCGGUUUUGACAGAUUUUUCACAAUGAAAAUGAAACUAAAGCUAAUUAAGAACCAGUUUUCCCAGUUGAGAAACAUGAUGUAUAGUUGAACCCUUUAAGUCAACAAAUUAAAACUAAACAACAAUAUUAUAGACAGAAAAAUUAACAGUGUCUACAGAAUCAACAUUGCUGCUCCUGAGCAACAAUUCCUCCUGGCCAGUAGAUUUAUAUUUAUUUUAUAUAUCUGGUGAUUCAGGCAAAUAGCUUAAAAUACUAAAAUCAUUUAGAAAUUCCAGCAAAAAAGCAGCAACAAAACAGCUGAGACAAACUGUGAAGAUGCGCUGGAUUUAGCAUUAAAGUUAUGUUCAUGUUGCUGUCAGAAGGAAGGAGUCAGUUCCAGAGUAUGAAACCGUUUACUGGAUGUACCGAUCACUGCAGGGCAUCAAAGUGCUCCCAGUGAAAAAGUGCAAAGAUGUCACUAAAACAUCACUAUCGAAAACUAGACAAAAAAGCUUUUAGUUUUUGUGACCAAGACUGACAAAAAUCCAAUGAUUAACAUCAAAUUAACACACACAAUUGUGAAAAUAACCUCAAAUUUAAUCUAGAGCAGCUGCUAAGUGAACAAGCUUUCCAAACAUACUGUAUCACUGCAGCUGCAGUAAAUAAACUACAAGUCUCUCAUGCACAGACUCCAUUAUUUCCUGUGUUCAGAAACUUUCUAUGAUGCUGACAACAAUUCAGACUAGUCACAGUGAUGUUCUGGAUAUCUGCCGCUGCUGUUCUGAUGUAUGUAAACUAAAUUACAGAGCAUCUCUACAUUAGUAAAGCCUGUGAUUUUAGCUCUUAAAUGUUAAAACUGCUUUUUUGUGCCUGUUUUGUUUUGGUUUCACUUGUAAAACUGGCUAAAUUUCACUGAUAAAUUCUUCAAGAUACAAAUGCGGAUGUUUCAUCGGAUGCAAAAAAAAAAGCUAAUUAAUCAGCUUGAUCUUGACGCUGCACUAAAAGCUGAAUUACAAUUUUGUGAGCACUGUGAGGAAUCUGCAUGCCAUAUACAUGAUACUGAAGAUUUGUUCUGGAUUUAAAUGUCAUCUUGAAGUCCUCAGCUGGUGACUUGUAUCCCCGACUUUAUGCACUUUCUAUUGUAGUUUUAUGGGAAAUAUAUAUAAAUAUAUAUAUACAAAAAUAGCACUACAAGAAAUUCAGCAUGUUGAGAAAUGCUGAGCAGCCUGACUAAACAAAACCAAGGAGCAUCCCAAAGUUUCAGAACUAUGAAUGUAACUGCAGCCACAUCUGGGCAUCUCCAUUUACUACAUGCAAUUGUGUGUAAAUUAGUAAAAUACGCGGCACAGAUAUAUGUUUCUUACGCUGGAUUGAAUUUUAUUUUACACUAAUAUUUGUUGUUCAUGUUGCUGCGUAGUUCUUUACUUUCUCUGCCGAUUUCUGGUUGGAAAAUUGAAAACACUAACAGUACAAGUGAAAUCUUUUUCCAUGUACAUCUGACAAAAACAAAACUUCACCACAGCAGGAGACACUCAUAGCCAUAAUUGUUGAAUCUGGAUUCUAUAAAUGUUAACCAGAGCAGCUCCUUUCUUUUCUGUUAAAAAAAAAAAAAAAACAGCUUUUUAGCCAAGCAGAAGAAAUGUUGUGUAAAAAAAUCAUCUGUAGGGUUCUUUGGUGAGUCUUCAUUUGGUUUUCUUUGAGUUAAACCUUUUUGUGUUCCUCCUCUUCCGACCAACAGUGCCUCAGUGUGCCAUUACUUUUAUAUUAUUUUCUUUACUUUUAAGAGGUGAAAUCAUUUUUGUAAAUGUCCUUUUUUUAAGUGAAGUGGUGGCAUCAGUAGUUUGUUUCACUGCAUCAGAAAACAUCACCCUGCUCUCCUGCUCUCAGUACUAAACUGGCUGUGGUAGCGUUCCAUUUCUCUUGUCACGACACUAUACGCUGUCGAUGUGGAGGAAAAUUAUACGGACCUCUUGAGGCUUUUUUGAAAUGUCAUAUAUGUGAAUAUGUUGCCUUUUUUUUGGUGUGGAUAUUUGAUGCCUGGUUGUAUAUGCGCCACUAUAAAUAAACAUGAGUGAACCAAU